GGUGAACUGGAGGUUCUUCAAAAGCUUCGACAUGGCAAGGCGAUUUCAUAGUGAGCAUCCAAGAUGAAUCUUUCAACGCGCUUGCACGACAGCACUAUUAAUCUGUGUGAUAUAGAUAUUACGUACGGUCUCGAAGGAACUCCCAGUUCGAUGGCGUCCGUCACUGCUGGGGCAUUGAGCACUCUUCAUCCCGUGACCUCGGUCAUCAUGCGACCGGCCGAACGUUUCCAUCGAACACCGAAGUGUGCUCGAUGCAGGAAUCAUGGUGUGGUGUCCACUUUAAGAGGUCAUAAACACUACUGCCGGUGGCGAGACUGUACGUGCGACAAGUGUACUUUAAUUGUCGAGAGACAGCGAGUUAUGGCUGCCCAAGUAUCUCUCCGCCGCCAGCAGGCCCGGGAAGAGAACGAGGCCCGGGAGUUAAGUCUUUUCUACGGAUGUCAAGACGGCAUCUUUGCUUUUCAUCACGCCGAUUUGAAUUUUCCAGUCGCCAUGACUCAAGUUCUUAACAGCCAGCAAGGUUUGACCUUUACUGACAAGGACUUAGAACGAAGAACUAGGGCACCACGUGGUCCAGGCUUGAUGCGGCCACGACCUUCGUCAAACAUCCAGGAAGCGAACCCAGAUAAAAUAAAACGUGUUUUUCAACCACAGUCACUCGUUUCGUCUGGAUUAAGACCUAACAUCGAAUUAACCACUUUAGAAAUGAAAAAUAAAGAUCCGGUACAGACAUCCAUGGCCUGUGGCGAUCAAUCUUCGCGAAAAGUGGGCAGAACAGAAGAACCACUAGCCAGCGAGAAAUGUAAUAUUCAUCUGACCGAAUGUGAAUCGUUGGCAAGCAGCAAGAAAUCCUCCAGUAAGAUGUCUCCAGUUGAUAUUCUGUCUCGAAUCUUUCCCAAGACCAACCGUAGUUUCUUAACCUUAGCGUUGCAGGAGAGUAACGGUGACGUACUUCAGGUCAUUGACAAUCUUCUCGCAUCUAAAGCUGGUCAAGAGGACGAUUAUUUAAACAGUUCAACUAUCCCUGGCACUUCAAAAGAGAUUCCACUUCAACGACUCCAAAGCAAUGAUCCUGCUUUCUCAGUAAGCUCGUCUUCUAGUUCUGCUACGUCACUUCAUCCUUCGGGAGUAACUUCACAAACCUUUAUGUCGGUAUAUUCUGUGGUUUCUCCAACUCAACACAACACUCCCUAUCUACUAUUUGCCGGAAAUCCAUCGUUUCAUCAUUCCUGUCCAUCUGCACAUGCUCGUAGAGAUGUUAUAAAUACAACGUCUUCUCACAGUGGCUUGUUUCCUGGCUCUAAUCUUCACGGCUCUAGCUUGAGACCUGACCACAGUGCUAUUUUUGGACCUUCCGUACUUGGUACCUUUUCUCAGCCUGUUUCUUACGUGCCAGACACGUUGUUGAAAAGACUAACGGAGACAGUUGCCACGGGGAACAAGGAAGUAGAAACUCCUCUGGAUGGGAGUGUUAGUCCGUGUGACGAUGAUGAUGAUUGCUCUGGCUCGGACAUUAAGAGGAUAUAGGAAAGCUUAUUUUGGCUUACUUUAUGAAAUUAAUGCAUGUUUUGCUGCUUAAAAUUAUAUCAUUAUGUAUAAUCUUCGGGACAUACUGAUUACCAGUAUUUGUUAAAACUUUCCAAGAAGAGAAGUAAGUAUCUUAAA